AAGCUAGCUUUGGUCACAGUUGAAGGAGAAUUUAUAGCAGUUCCGUAAAUUUCAAGCUCCGCUCCCGCAGAAGCCGCUUUCGUUUUUGAAAUGAUUCUGGGAACCCUUUUUGUGUGCCUCGAACGUUCUGAACCCUCUUUUAUUUUGGACCCUCGAAUAUCCUUGAUUUGACUGCAAUAUUUUGCACAAGGUUUUAUGUUUCAAAAAUGUUGCCAGCUACUCAUUUGCCCUAUGGAAUCAAGGCGUAAUGUUUUUUUCAGGGGCUAGCUUCGGGUGCACUGCCUAUCCCGGAACGGAAUAAACUCCGUGCUUGUGCCGGCCGUCAGUCCAAAGAGUCACGUGCGGGCGGAAUUGGUAGCACUACGCACGCCUGCCUCCAGGGUACAACCACUCACUAGUAGUAGUAAUCGCUGCUAUCUUCACGACCAACAUGAUUACUCCCCCAGAUAUUCCACUCCCCGAAUUCCUGGACCCUGCUUUGUCGUUUCUUUCCGAGAACCUACCGCAGCCGGUUUACUCGACGUCGAUAUCCAUCAUCUCCUACGGUCUCGCGCUGGUAUCAGCGCUCUUGACACUCCUUCAAUCUCUAAUAUUCGACUCGUCAAACUGGAACGCGCAAACAAUAUUGCCUCCAUUGUUAGCCCUUCUAUCAGCCUACUUUGCGAUUGUGAGUCUGUAUCGUACAACGACUUGGAUGCUUCGAACCACAUUCUGGUUCAUUAAAUGGGGCACAUUGUUAGCCGCAAUGGCCGCAGGUGCCGGGUGGCUACUGGGGAACGGUGGAAAUGCAGUAGGAACUCAAAGUGUGGUAAACACUGCGGCAGGAGUAAUCUUGGAUAUGAUCAACCAUGAAGAGAAGAGUGGUGCCCGCUCAACUCGAUCGUCUUCCGGUCGGAAGCGUCCCAAACCAUGGGAUUCUUUCAAGGAUCAUCGUGACUGGCAGUACAAGGAGAAGGAUGGGGAGACAACGAAUCAUGACGCCCAAAUCCUCAUGGACAGCGUUCUCUCCGCCGCGGGCUCUGCAAUCAAAGGGAGUAGUUGGUGGGGGGUAUUCAACGGCGGAGGAGGAGAAAAGGAAGAGAAGGGUUCAGACUCGAGCUCAGUCUCACGGUAGCUUGCUUGUAGAUCGUCUGGACAUGUCCCUGUAACAAUAGUAAUUCUAAUCCCUCU